UGGCCCUGUCUAAGGGAGACCUCCUUGCCUGUUGGGUUGUUUGAGGGUCUGGAAGAAGCUUAUCUAGGACCAGAGUCAACUGGAGCCUGGGGUUAAUGUCGCCAGCUCCUGGGGAAGAAAAUUUAUAUGACAGAAAGGGAAAAGAGUGAGAAGAAACUCAGAUCAGAAGGGGAGUUGGGCCUUCCCAGGACUGGGCUGGAUGGAACCCUGUUCUCCACAGAUAGGGCGGGGCAGGGUGAGCAAAGAGUGGAGGUAGAGAACGUCAAGGCAGAGGAGAGUCUCCUCCACCACCAACACGCACUCACCCUCACCCUAUCCCACCUCCCCACCUCGCCACACAAGCACACACCAGAUUCCUCCUAGCAAGGAAUGACCUUGACAACCUGAGGUCGACAGAGGGAGCCCUAACUCUGUGGACCCUUUGGCUCCAGCACUGACUGGGCUCUAGCCUGUUCCUGCCCAAGGAAUCUGGCUGAUGGGCAGACAUUCCCAAACACCAAGCACCAUGUGACUGAGGUUCUGGGGGAGUGAAUUUGGGCCUUGAGGGACCAGAAUAGGCUGUCUUAGACUCUUUGAUCUAGGUCAGGGGGUAGGGGCAGAUCGGGGACUUGAAAGAGGUACCCAGGUAGAUGGUAGAGGUAGGAGCCCAUGGCCACACAUGAGCCCAGCCAGUGACCUUCUGGGAUGCCGUCCUUCCAACACCAGGGCUGUGAAUCCCUUGUUCCUGUCACCUUUCCCCAUGUACUGGAUGGGCUGCCUAGAAUAGGGCAGUCAUCCUUCCAACCGGCCUGUUGUCUGGCCCUGAAUUAUGGUUCCCUCCAGACCACUCCUGGAGCCAAUCCUGGCUUAGGAGAGAGUAGGGGGAGGGCACACCUUGGUAGGGUACAGUUGGGGGCACAGUCCCAGAGCUUUGUAGGCUCUGCAGGGUCCCUCCCUCUGUCCCUGAGGAAGAAGCAAUACGAGUCAGUUUUUCUCCUCCCCCUCCCAUCGCUGCUGAGCUGGGCCUGGGCUGCCAGGAGGUUGUCUUGGCAACGGGAGGCGGAAAGGAGAUGCGCUGAGGGAUGGAGGUGUAUGUCACCGCAGAGGCUGCCGUGUUCCUGCCCCACGCCCCAGGCCCUUGAAGCCACCCGCGGUCAGCAGCCCAGAGAGGCCCAAGGGAUGAGGAGACCACAGCGCGCUGCGACGCCCUUGCUGCAGGAGCCGGGCCGAGCCUGACGUCCGUCCUCUCUACGUGCGCACGGGCCUCCAAGGGAGCGGCCGGCCGGCCAGUGGGGGCCGCAUGGAACGUCUGCAGAAGCAACCUCUUACCUCCCCGGGGAGCGUCAGCUCCUCCAGAGACUCCAGUGUGCCCGGCUCUCCCUCCAGCAUCGUGGCCAAGAUGGACAACCAGGUGUUGGGCUAUAAAGACCUGGCUGCCAUCCCCAAGGACAAGGCUAUCCUGGACAUUGAGAGACCUGACCUCAUGAUCUACGAGCCUCAUUUUACCUAUUCCCUCCUGGAUCACGUGGAGCUGCCCAGAAGCCGGGAGUGCUCACUGUCACCCAAAUCCACAUCUCCCCCACCAUCCCCAGAGGUCUGGGCAGAGAGCCGGACGCUUGGCAUCAUCUCCCAGGCUUCAACACCGAGGACCACAGGGACCCCCAGGACCAGCCUGCCCCAUUUCCACCACCCCGAGACUACCCGCCCAGAUUCCAACAUCUACAAGAAGCCACCCAUCUACAAGCAGAGAGAAUCCACGGGAGGCAGCCCUCAGAGCAAGCACCUCAUCGAGGACCUCAUCAUAGAGUCGUCCAAGUUCCCCGCAGCACAGCCCCCCGACCCCAACCAGCCAGCCAAGAUAGAGACUGACUACUGGCCGUGUCCCCCGUCGCUGGCCGUUGUGGAGACAGAAUGGAGGAAACGGAAGGCAUCUCGAAAGGGGGCAGAAGAAGAGGAGGAGGAGGAAGAUGAUGACUCUGAAGAGGAGAUUAAGGCCAUCAGGGAGCGGCAGAAAGAGGAACUCAGUAAGGUUACUUCCAACUUGGGAAAGAUGAUCUUGAAGGAAGAGAUGGAGAAGUCAUUGCCGAUCCGGAGAAAAACACGCUCUCUGCCUGACCGGACACCGUUCCAUACCUCCUUGCACUCGGGGACAUCUAAAUCCUCUUCUCUUCCUUCCUAUGGCAGGACCACCCUGAGCCGGCUACAGUCCACGGAAUUCAGCCCAUCGGGGAGUGAGGCUGGGAGUCCAGGCCUGCAGAACGGAGAGGGCCAGAGGGGGAGGAUGGAUCGGGGGAACUCCCUACCCUGUGUGCUGGAGCAGAAGAUCUAUCCCUAUGAGAUGCUGGUGGUGACCAACAAGGGGCGAACCAAGCUGCCUCCUGGUGUGGACCGCAUGAGGCUGGAGAGGCAUUUGUCAGCAGAGGACUUCUCCAGGGUCUUCGCCAUGUCUCCAGAGGAGUUUGGCAAGCUGGCCCUGUGGAAGCGGAACGAACUCAAGAAGAAGGCUUCCCUUUUCUGACAUCCCGGCCGGCUCGCCCUGUCGGUGACAGCACCUUCCCUCUGCUGCUUCAAGGCCCUGAAGCUGGGGUUGUGAGACCCCAGAGCAUCCUCUUCCUCUGCUGGCUGGGAGCAGCAGGAGGCAGGGCAGAAGCGUUGGGCUCCAUUCCUCAGGGAGAGAGAGAGCCAAGAAGUGCACAGGCCCAGAGCCAUGAGACGUGGACUUCCUUCCCCCACGAUGGGCCAGGGGGGCCUUACCUUUUUUCCCUGGGCCCCACUGCCUAGCCAAACCCAGCCGGGACUCCAGCACACAGUCACUGAUUGCACUCCUUCCCUGUCUGUCGCCCGCCCGACCUGAAGGUUCCCAGAAGGUGAGGAGAAAUGAAGAGGGACACUUAGUGGUGAGGUCUGUCUGCUAUCCUGUACAGGGGGUAGACUUGGCCAGGAAGUGGCAGCUCUGGGACCCUGUGCCUGUCCACCCAAAGGCUCCAGCCGGCUGCACUCCUGACGGCUCCCUGCAUCUGGGCCUGAUGCUUCUCUGACUGGCAGAAGCAGGCUCUACCUGGGCCUCCAGCUGGGAGGUCAUCCUCCCUCCAGCUUGUCUGUCCUGUACUUUGCAACCCCUAAGCUUCAAGCCUCUUGCUCAAGACCCAGGACCUAUUUAAAGCUGUGGCUAAGAGCAGAGCCACUGUUCACACAAUGCCUCACCGCCACCAGCCUCCAGGCAAAACCAGCUAGGAUGCACCCUUCUAGCCCCUAUCUGGGGACCACUGAGCCCAGGCCUCAGCCUCCCUUAGAUGGCCUAGCUUGGGGCACCUCUGAGAGUCCAGGCUCCCAGGUCCCCCCAUUGCCAUGCAUCCCCUACUGUGCUCUCUUCAGAAUGUAAUUUAUUGGGGCACCCUCUGCUGCUUUCCUUUCCCUAUUCCCCGCCCCACCUAAUUGCACUCCCAGUCCCCAUCUCUCCACAUAUGUAUGUGUACAUAAUUAUACAUAUAUAUAUAUACAUAUAUAUAUUUUGCCCAGGUCUGGGUUUUGUUUUUACCCAGAUCCUGGCACUCCCUUGUCCACUGUGUGUGUGUGAUCAUGCCGGGAGGGGUAACUGCUUGGAAUUAAAGGUUGCAUUGGGUCCCUAAA